AUGGAGAUCAACCACCGUGGCCGCCCGGCCGAAACGAGGUCAACGUCGGUCCUCCAAGGCGACGAGACGUUCUACAACCGCGUCAUCUCACGUGACUCCACCUCCUCCGCCGCCGCCGCCGCCCGCUGCCCUUCGAGCCGGGUGUUUUAUUAUCGGUCCGCCGCCGAAGGGGUGCCGUUCAAUUGGGAGACUCAGCCGGGGACACCUAAGAACCCUCCCAAAGAGGAAGCCAUCCCUCCCAUCAGCCCUCCUCCCGCCGUCCUCAGCCUCUCCCUCCCUAAACCCUCCAUCAUCAACCACCACGUCAAUGCCAACGCCGGUGGAAGAAGAGGAGGAGGAGGGUAUAGUACUAAUGCUCGCAGGCUGAAGUUGUUGUGGAGGUUCCUCGUCGGGAAAGGCAGCGCGAGACGACGCCGGUGGUACGGCCAUCGUCAGAGUACGACGACCCAGGUACUAACAACAACAUUAUUAUUAUUCUUAUUACUAUUAUUCGAAGAAAAAGCUCUAAGCAAAAAUGGCGAUGGAGCUGAUCAACAACAAAUCGAGAAGGGAAAAGAGAACCAUCAUCUCACUCUACCAACUAAACCCAUCCUUCUACAACAAGAUCGUCUCCCGGCGCUCCUCCGUCGGCGACUCCGACCAAAUCACCCGCGGCGGGGUUCCUUUCGUUUGGGAGAUUCAGCCAGGGAAGCCGCGGAUCCCGCCGAAAUCGUUACCGCCAACGGCGCCGCGGCUGUCGUCGGCGUCGUCGCUCAGCCUGAGGAACCUCGCCGGGGUUUCCGUGCGGAAGAGGAGCUUCCUGGCGAAUCGGAUCAAGAAAUUCGGAUCCGGGAUUUCGGAUCUGGUGGUGGGGAAAUUGAAGAGGGUUCCGGUAAUUCGGAUCCCGACGAAAUUGACCGCGGGGCAGAAGGAGAUGGCGAGGGGUUUUUUCUGGAGGAACGUGAAUCGGGCCCACAGAAAGCUGAGGAUCGCCGGGAGCUUCUCCGGGAGGAAGAUCCGGCAGGUGAGGGCUCGGGUUUCGCCGGGAUCGCCGCGGGAAGGUGGGCGCCGGAUCCGGGAGUAUUUCUCAAGGAACGCGAAGUUUCGCCCGGAGAUUUCUCCUUCUUUCUCGGACUUCUCCGGUUCCGGCAGCGGGGGUUCUUCUUCCUCGUCGUCAUCGUCGUCGGUGAAAUCGCCGGCGAAGUCGCGGUUUGCUCUGCGAUCGAGCUCGGGCUUGGGAAAGAAAUUGUCAGCGAAGUGGACUAA